UGUGGCAUUGUGGGAUUCGACCGGCUCAUCCAUCUUGUUUUUCGUUUUGUGCAGUGGAUUGCGACCUCAAACUUGAAGAUAAAAGUAAUUAUAAUAGAUCUAAAUAAUAAACGAAUACAAUAAUUAUUACACACUAUGUUUCGUCAACUUGUCCAACGAUUUAAUCCAGUAUGUAGAUCUGUAUUGAAGGUACAGCAGUUGCACAGACCUGCCGUAUCAGUCAAGUACUUCUCAGCAAAAGUUGAAGAAACAGAUGAACAAUUUGAUGCACGAUGGGAAGCAUAUUUCAAUCGACCCGAAAUUGAUGACUGGGAAUUGCGCCGAGGCUUGAACGAGCUCCACGGCCAUGAUCUUGUACCCGAACCCAAGAUUCUAAUAGCUGCAUUCAAAGCUUGCAGGAGACUUAAUGAUAAUGCCAUGGCAAUCCGUAUCUUAGAAGCUGUCAAGGACAAAUCUGGAGGCCAUAAGAAUAUCUACCCUUACAUUUUGCAAGAAGUACGACCAACGCUAGACGAGCUGGGUAUUGAAACACCUGAGGAGCUAGGGUUAGACAAACCACAGAAAGACAAGAUAUAUUAAUCAAAUAAUGUGUAUACGUGUGUGGAUUGUGCUUUACAAUACUAGCAAUUAAAAUUAUAGAAGUUAAAUAAUGGAGACUAAAUCCCCAUGGUGUAUAUUUAAAAUGAAGUUGGGUGCAUUCUACAGCUGAAACGAUCCAUCUGCAAUGCAACAUAAUGAUUUUCACAGACUUACUUCAUUGAACGAUGAUUCGAAUGCCAGUACCCAUACUGCAGUGCCAAAAUAUUUUGACUAUAUUUAAUAAUUUACUUUAUUUUGUGAAACCUUUCUCAACAAGUGAUUAUUUUACUCAUGAGCAUAAAACAUUUGAUUUGAAAUAUGAAGAGUUUUUUGUUUUGAGAUUGUUGAAUUAAAGGUUAAAAUCAAUUGACACAAUGGUA